AUGGAGGUAUUUCUGGAAGGAGGGAGCGAGGUAGAGAGGAAAAGGGAAAGGAAGAAUGUACGUAGGAGCAUAAUGAAAUAUUGUAAAAUUGGAAGGAUUUGGCAUAAUCUCAAUUUCAAUCCUGUUUUGGUACUGGCUACUGAGCCCUGGGACAGAGCCUUACCUAAAGUUAUUCUGACUUUCAUUGGUUUUUUUCUUUGGGGAGCUUCCCUGCUAUUACUGUUUGGAGGAAUAUUUGUGAUUCUUACCUAUAAAAGCUAUAGAGUUUUCUUUCCAAACCAAUUCCUCAUUCUGCCGGGCUGGCUGGCUAUCCUGGCUGCUAUUUUGCUUUUCCCAGCUGGGUUGUUGGCCGUCUCUAUCCCUGUGAGAAGUUCUCAUUAUAGUCAAGGAAUUCUAAUGUAUUUGCUGCUGGUCCUGUUCUGCUUGGAAACUUCCUCGGUUGCCAUGACCCAAGUCUACUCAGCCAAAGCAUGCUACCAACUGAAAAGCAGCCUGGAUCACAUUUUUCACCAAUACAACUGGAGUUUUCCACAUCAUUGCAACACUGAGAUUGUGGAUUCUGUCCACAAACAAUUGAAGUGUUGUGGGAUCUACAAUUACACUGACUGGACAGAAGGACUCCCAAAAUAUCUCCACAGUGGACACAUCCUUGUUCCAAAAAGCUGUUGCAAAGAGACUUUCUUGGAUUGCAAUAGUGACCUAAACCAAUCGGAGAAACUCUUCAAGGAAGGAUGCCUUAUGAAGCUACAGAAAAGGCUGCAUUUUAUCACACAGUAUAUGGCUUGGUGUUGUGUGCUGGUCAUUUGCCUGGAAGUAUUAGCUGCUGUCAGCAAUGGAAUACUAAUGAAGGCACCACUAGCCCAGGAAUUUUGCAUUUCUCCUUUUUCUUAA